UUAUUUCUCAAAAAGCCAGUCGAUGCUGAUCAACACCAACCCGAUGAAUGAGUAGCUAAUCACCACGAUGAGAAGAAGAGCUAGUGCUACCGCACCGGCCUCUUCCAAGGCCCUCUUCCACGACGGAUCUGCACAGCGAUAGAUGACCACACCGCACAGACAGACAGGGAGGGAGGGACGGAGAAAACUCAUGUGGUGUGUGUGUGUGUGUGCGUGUAUGCCUUUGGUCUGCUGGAUGAGCUGCCUCUUUUUUUGCUUGAGCGCCUCAAACUUCUUGUACUUGGCCAUAAAGAACCUGUCCCGUUCGAAGCUGCCGAGCUCCUUGUCCACGUCAGCUAUCCGCCGCUGCUUACCCGCACCCUGCUGUGACACACACACACACACACACAGCGUUCUUGUGGUGCAUGCUGCUGCGGGUAAGACACGCAAGACGAUAGUACCUACCGUGGUGGGCGAUUUGAUGCCUGUCAUCUGUGAGUACACUAACAGCAGUCUGCCCCGGUUGAUGCGGGAGAGACGAAGGGGCGGGUGGACAAAGGCCGACGCCGCCCCGGGCAGACACUGAGAAGUCAGCAGGACGACAGCCAAGACCACCGCCAACAUCAUGGCACCUGCAUCAACAGCACACAGCCACAGACCUCCGACAGAGAAGGAGACCUCAACGGAGAGAGAGCUGACGUACCCGUCAU